AUGAGCGACGAAGAAGAAAAGGGGGCCGGCUCUGCUGGCGAGUUUGUUGCUGCAGCAGCAGCACCUGCCGCAACAGCUGCAGCAGCACCUGCUGCUGCUGCAGCGCCCCACGGAACGGCACAAGAGUCAGCAGCAGCAGCAGCAACAGCAGCAGCAGCAGCAGCAACAGCAGCAGCAGCAGCAACUCAGGGAACCCCAGCCUCCUCCGCUGGAGGCCAAACUGCUCGGGAGGCAGCAGUAGCAGCAGCAGCUAUGGCAGCAGCCGCUGCAGCUGAUGCAGCAACAGCAGCAGCGGCAGCAGCAGCAGCAGACCUUGCUGCUUACCGCCAACUGCAUCAGCAGCGAUACGCUGAGCGUCUACAGAAGGAAGCAGCAGAGACAGAGCAAAUGCAGAGGCAGCGAGAAGAGCGGAUGGGUGUGGAGUUAGCUCGUCGGCUGCAGCAGGAGGAGAUGGACCGUCUAGCGAUGGAGGAGGCCGCAAAUAGAGAAAGAGAGCGGCAGCUAGCUGCUGCUGCUGCUGCUGCUGCUGCUGGUGCAGAUUCAGAAAGUGCAGCAGCAGCAGCAGCAGACAGGACCGUCACCCCCGCAAGCGCAUUUGCUCCAGGAGAAGACGAGUAA